AGGGAACGAGAGCAGGCGUCAGAGUCGAGUGCUAGCAGGGGAAUCAAAGAGCACUAGCAGAGCGUGGACACAAUGGAGCGGCUCACAGACGGACUAUAACUGCAACAGCGACCCUUUACGUUGCACACCGGAAAACAAGGGGAGCUAUGUCGUCAAAGCCCAGCCUUGGCGAAGCGUGAUCAACCAUGAUGAAGACCGAAGCCCCGUCCGCAGCCAGCAACGGCGGCAGCAGCAGCAGUAGCACGUCGCUGCGGAGCCCGUCCCCGCAUAGAAACGCCUAUGAGGCGGGUAUCCAGGCGCUCAAGCAGGCUAAGGAUGCCCUGAGCAACGCUACGAAUGGGGAUGAAGGCAAAGAAUGUAAGCCCAGGCCGUCGGGUCGGGGCCGCAGGUAUGGCUCUAACGUCCACCGCAUUAAGAACAUGUUCAUGCAGAUGGGCACAGUGCCUGGGGAGGAAGAGGACCCGGCCAAGGUUAAAGAUCAGGCUGUGCGGCUGUCUCUCCCUCGUGCCAGCAGUCUGAAUGAGAACGUGGACCACAGUGCUCUGCUCAAGCUGGGCGCCACCGUCUCGGAGCGUGUCAGUCGCUUCGACGGCGGAAAGGGGGACGGUGGGGGUUCGCGGGGUGCCUCCGGCUUCUCCAAGCUCCAGGAGACCCGUAAGAUCUUCGAGCAGCGCCACCUGCAGGAGAAACAGGCGGCCACCAACCGCAUCCUGCUGAAGAAGGAGCGUGCGUCGGGCUUCCAGGACAGCCGGCUGGACGUGGUGGUGCGCUUCAAUGGCAGCAACGAGUCGCUGGACAGCCUGGACACCAUGUCUGCCGGCGAGGCCGUCUCGCCCACCGUCAGUCAACUCAGCGCCGUCUUCGAGAAGGCCGACCUCCGCAACAACCUCCACCGCCCCGCCGCCCCGCGCAGCAUGGGGGUCCUCAACUCCAAGAUCAUCACCAAGAAGAGCCGUGUCUUACCCCCCACCACUGCGCUGGAUGACAGCGGGCUCCCCAAGGGCCACGAGGGCCCCCCGCAAAGCCCCAGGACCAAAGCGGGUGUCCAGAAAGGGUCGGGCGCUGAUGCCCCGAGGUCAGGGGGCGCCAAGCCCGAGGAGCUGAAGAAGCGCAGGGCGGGGUCGGAGGAAAGCAAACAGCGGGCCCAGGACCAGGCCGAGGGGGACGCCCAAGCCGGAGCGGCGGCCGACUCCAGCGGGAAGGACAGCCCGGAGGCCGGGAGCAGGCUGGUGCAGGCCGAGAUCCACGCCUCCUUGGAGAACGGAGAAACCGCCAGGGCUCAGAAAGAGACCUCCGAGACAGGCUCCUCCUCGAUCCCAGAGUGCCAUGAGGCAGAGACGGGGAUGGAGGAUGAAGGGCAGGCGGAGGAGGAGGACCCCGAGGGCUCGCCGCAGGGGGAGGACAUGGAGGAGUCGCGGAGGGACGAUUACUCUGAGGCGGACCUGGUGGACAUCAGCGCCUACAGCGGGAUCGGGGAGGACUCCGGGGGCAGCCAGCUGGACGAGGAUGAGGAGGACGAAGAUGAGCCUUACGAGCCCGAGUCCAGCUGCGUGGAGAUCGCGGGCCUGCCCGACGAGGAGGAGCCCCCGCCCAGCCGCAAGAUUGGCUUCAGCACCAACCCCAUCAAGGUCUUCACCACAUACUCUAAUGAGGAGUAUGACCGGCGCAAUGAUGACGUGGACCCUAUGGCUGCCUCGGCCGAGUACGAGCUGGAGAAGAGGGUGGAGCGGCUGGACCUGUUCCCCGUGGAGCUGGAGAAAGAUGGAGACGGUCUGGGGAUCAGCAUCAUCGGCAUGGGCGCCGGUGCAGACAUGGGCCUGGAGAAGCUCGGCAUCUUCGUGAAGACGGUCACGGACGGAGGGGCAGCGCACCGGGACGGCAGGAUCCAGGUGAAUGACCUCAUCGUGGAGGUGGAUGGCACCAGCCUGGUGGGUGUGACCCAGAGCUUCGCCGCGUCCGUCCUGAGGAACACCAGCGGCACAGUCAGGUUCAUGAUUGGCCGGGAGAAACCGGGCGAGCAGAGCGAGGUGGCCCAGCUCAUCCAGCAGACCCUGGACCAGGAGCGCUGGCAGCGUGAGAUGAUGGAGCAGCGCUACUCCCAGUACAUGGAGGACGAGGACGAGACUGGAGAGUACGCCACGGACGAAGAGGAGGAGAUGAGCCCCAUGUUCCCGAACGCCAUCGAGGUCUUUGACCUGGCCGAGAACGAGGACAUGCUGUCGCCCGUGGAGAUGGACCCCGAGAAACUGGCGCACAAGUUCAAAGAGCUCCAGAUCAAGCACGCGGUCACCGAGGCUGAGAUCCAGCAGCUGAAGCGGAAGCUGGCACACGCCGAGCAGGACAAGCUGCGCUGGCGCAUGGAGAAGGCGCAGCUGGAGCAGAGCGUGCAGGAGAACAAGGAGCGCAUGGAGAAGCUGGAGGGCUACUGGAUGGAGGCGCAGAGCCUGUGCCAGGCGGUGGACGAGCACCUGAAGGAGACGCAGUCGCAGUACCAGACCCUGGAGCGCAAGUACUGCAAGGCCAAGCGCCUCAUCAAGGAGUACCAGCAGAAGGAGAUCGAGUUCCUGAAGAAGGAGACAGCGCAGCGCCGGGCUCAAGAGGAAACGGAAGCAACCCAAAAAGAGGAGACGGAGACUCUGCAGGACCAGAUCACAGACCUGGAGACCAAGGUGGAUGCCCUGAAGACCUCUGACCCGUCAUAGGUGUGCCCAGCCUGGAGGAGCCAGUCCCACAGAGCCCCUCCUUUCACCUGUCCCCAAACCCAGCGCGUGCAAGAACGGCAACAGGACAAAAUCCGCAAAAAAAAAACAAACAAACACAAAAAAAAAAGGACAUUCCUGAAAGACAGACUGAUUG